AUGUCGCCUAACCUGGGCCACGACGACGCGCAGCACGCUCCCGAGGAGCUGUCCUCCCAGCCGCCCGCCGCCGCCGCCGCCGACGUCGAAAUGGCCGAGGAAGCCGACGUGACGCGCGCGCCGCAGCACGACGAGGCGGCGCAGGACGGCGGCGCGGCGGAGCCCCCGCGCAUGAGCUUCAUGGCCUACCUGGCGUCGCCGAUUGUCACCCUCGUCGUGGGCGAGGACGAGGCGCAGACGCUGCUGAGCGCGCACCAGAGCCUGCUGAGCAAGAGCCCCUACUUUGCCGACAUUUGCCGCCAGUUUGUCGACGACGGCAGCCCCCGGCAGAUUGAGCUUCUGCAGGAGGACGCCCCCGCGGUGGGCUCGUUCCUCGAGUUUCUCUACACGGGCGAAUACUUUCCGCGCAAAAUCCCGGGCCAGCGAGUCCUCGAGCAGGACCCCGAGAUGCCGCUCGUGGACGACUCGGGCGUGCACCUGCUCAAGCAUGCGCGGGUGUAUACGCUUGCCGAGAGGUUCGGCGUCCCGGAGCUCAAGAAGCUGUCGUCGUCCAAGAUUCACUGCAUAGACUCGACGGCCAAGGGCGAGAUUGCCUACGCCCGAUACGUGUACGCCAACACCACCAACGACGAUGUCAAGGUGCGGGCGCCGAUUGCGAGCUUCUGGGCCAUGAGGUCGCACACCCUGCGGGCAGAGGCGGAGGAGGAGUUUAAGAGCCUGUGCUUGGAAUUCCCCCAGUUUGGCUACGACGUGUUGACACGGGUGUUGGAUGACAAGCUCAAGCGCGAGAGAACCGAGAAGAUGCACCCUUCUACGGCUAGUGGCCGAAAGAGAGCGCGGCAGUCGAGCAGCGCAGCUGGGUCCAUGGCGGCCGGCGCCAUCGCUUAA